CAGUGUUGUCGUAGUUCGGACAUCCCGCCACACGGUGUCGCUGUGAGCGGCGCUGCACGCCGUCUCCUCUUUCCGUUGUUUACGUUUAUCCAACAACAUGGAGGACGAGGUGGACGUAGACAUCGAAGGAGACGAGUUUGAAAACAGCCUCAGUGAGCUGGAUUCAGGAGGUUUAGUCCAGGAGCAGUUCAUCCAGUCCGCGUGGAAGAGCAGCGCCGGGAUACUGCCAUGGGAGCUGGACAGCUCCAUCAGCCCAGAGAACAGAGAGGUGAUCGAGAAGAUGCUGCUGGAGGAACAAUACUACCUGACAGGUGAGGAGGUUCAUAAUCAUAUCUGGGAAAGUGAUGCUGACAACAAGCACAAAGUGAAGAAGUCCCCGGCAAAGACCUCUGCCUCGGGCUCUUCCUCUCGUUGGUCCAAACAAGAGAAAGAGCAGUUUGAGGAAGGACUGGCUCAGUUUGGUCGAAGGUGGACUAAGAUCGCUAAGUUGGUGGGCAGCCGUUCUGUUCUCCAGGUCAAGAGCUAUGCCAGACAGUAUUUCAAACACAAGGCUAAAUUAGAGCCCAGAGAUGCAGCUCCCUCUGCAGGCCCCGUGCUGCACUCACAGCCUCCUCAGACCACCUCCAGUGUUGCUUCCACUCUGGCAAACACUGUCCGUAUAGAGAAGCUUUCUGAUGAAGAGGAUGAGGAGGUAGACAUCACAGAUGACCUGAGCGACGACGGACACUGCAACAAUAAACCGAUCAAAACUGAGUUCUGCGAGCCAGAGCUGUUAACCGGCACCGGGAUCCAGACAGAAACCCCCACAGAAGAGCAGAAAGAGGCAGAUCUGACUGAGACAAAACACCAACCAUGUCUACAAAGUCUUCCACCAAUGUCUUCCCCCCUCUGCUCAGAGAAAACUGGUGUUACUGAGCUGGAUGAGAGAGGUGACAAGGGAGUAUCACCACCUCCAAAAGAUGUUCAGGCAGAGCUAAGGACCAAUGAGAAUGAAGGCCAGAGCUCCCAGUCUGAGAGCUCUGCACAGGCUGGUCAGCUGGAAGAGGCCUGUGAUGAUGCAAUAGAUUCUGCUGAUGGACCAGAAGAAGAUCAGGAAGACGAAGAGGAGGAGGAAGAUGAGGAGGAGGAGGAAGAGCUUAAAGCCCCCGAGCAGGAAGUCGAGAUGGACAUGGAAACCAUCGCUGAGGAUGAGAAACAAGCUAUCCCGGAGUUCUUCGAAGGACGACCGUCCAAGACGCCUGAAAGAUACCUUAAGAUCCGAAACUACAUCCUGGAUCAGUGGUUGAAGAGCAAGCCCAAGUACCUGAACAAGACAUCAGUCCGCCCUGGACUGAAGAACUGCGGAGACGUUAACUGCAUUGGGAGAAUACACACCUACCUGGAGCUCAUCGGAGCCAUCAACUUCAACUGCGAGCAAGCAGUCUAUAAUCGUCCAAAGGUGGUGGACCGCUCCAAGCAGAAGGAGGGCAAAGAUGUGCUUGAGGCCUACCAGCUUGCCCAGAGACUGCAGAGCAUGCGGACCAGGAAGCGGCGUGUGCGGGACAUAUGGGGAAACUGGUGUGACGCUAAAGACUUGGAAGGACAGACUUAUGAGCAUCUCAGCGCUGAGGAACUCGCUCUGCGCAGAGAAGAGAUGAAGCGGCAGCCCAAACCCUGCAAGAUCUCCAAAUACAAAGGGUCUUUUGAUCCCUUUCAGUUGAUUCCCUGCAGGACUUUCGGAGAGGACGUGCAGGAACCAUUCCAGGUUAUUGUGUGUGCAGAGACGCUUCUCAUAAUGGACAUGCAUGCCCAUGUGUCACGCGGGGAGGUCAUUGGCCUGCUAGGCGGCACUUUCAUCGAGGAAGAGAAAGUAUUAAAGAUCUACGCAGCAGAGCCGUGCAACAGUGUGAGCACCGGUCUGCAGUGUGAGAUGGAUCCGGUGUCUCAGACUCAGGCCUGUGACGUGCUGUCGUCCCUGGGCUUCAGUGUGGUCGGCUGGUACCACUCACAUCCCUCCUUCCACCCCAACCCUUCAGUACGGGACAUCAACACACAGGACCAGUUCCAGAGUUAUUUCUCACGUGGCGGAGCCCCCUUCAUCGGGAUGAUAGUGAGCCCAUAUGACCCAGCGAAUCGCUCCCCGCACUCCCAAACUACAUGUUUGUUGGUGAAAGAGAGCCAGGAGCCUUCAGGCCCACAGAAGCUGCCCUACAGAUUCGACUUUCUGUCAUCACAAGACAUUCCAGACUGGGAGCAGACGUUGAGGAGAGCUCAGUGGAUCAUCAACAAAUACUGUCAGACACCCGGGAGUGUGCAGAUGGACAGAUUUUUCCGGAAAGACUCUCAUCUCACCUGUCUGGAGAAGAUGCUGUCAUCUCUGGCCAGGUACCUUGAGCCCCUGCCAGACGAGGAGGGCGACCCCUUCCUCACCCAGAUCCAGUCCCUUUUCCAGUCAGAAUUUAUCGCCAAGCAGCAGAAAGAGGCUGAAUCUUUAAAUAUCUCAUCCAGACCAGGAAACUCAGAUGACCUCCUCACUUUUGAUCAGCUGAUGGGUGAGGAGGAGAGGCCCCAGGAGGGAGGAAGAGACUCUGAUCCAGAUUCUGGCAGCGCUUCAGACAGCAGCGUACAGCCCUCAGACACAACGUCAGAGACAAACAGCAGCACGGUGUUACAUCUGGGCUCUGUGCUGUCGACUGAACAUGACUAUCUACUGUGAUGGACCAUAUAUCUGACUGUGCAUGUGCGCCAUACAUUAGUUACUAAGCUUUUAUGUAAAUAUAAUUAGGUUUUUUUAUCAGUAUUACCUACUUACUCAUAUCAUUCUAGGCAUUUUACUCAGUUCUGCAGGUUUCUUUUAAACAUGAGAAUAAAAAUAUAUUUGUA